AGUGCAAAGCUUGCAUUCCACGAACCCUAAAGCAGCGUUCCCAUCUCUUUUCCCAUCCCUCUCCUCCUUUUGUUCGCUUUAAGCUUUCUUACCGCUUAAGUAUUGCAGCUUUCUCCGUGUCUCUCUUCAUCAUCAUCUCCAUUCCCUCUUGCUCGAAGAAGGAAACACAAGCUGUAGUAGCAACAGGCGAGAGACAUGGCUGCCGACUGGGGGCCUGUGAUCGUGGCCGUCAUCCUCUUCAUCCUCCUCUCACCGGGGCUGUUGUUUCAGCUACCAGCGAGAACGAGGGUGAUCGAGUUCGGCAACAUGUACACCAGCGGAAUCGCGAUUCUGGUCCACAGCAUCAUCUUCUUCGUCAUCUUGACCAUCCUGGUGAUUGCUAUAGGCGUCCACGUGCACGCUGGCUAGUAGAUGAUCAAAGUCCUUUUUUUGGGUUUCGCCAUGAUUUUGUUUCGGUCCGUCACGCAUGUAAACCUUCUUAUUGUCAGUCAACUGUAAUCUGUGGAAUAAUGGAUGAUGAACUCGAGUUGAAGAAUGGUGAGGCUGCUGCUCUUCUACCA